AUGGACUCGUACGCUCUGGGAUACGAGAAGAAGAAGAUGAAGUCCCAUCGUUGCCACAAAAUCUUGAGAUCUAUGGAAAUGACCUCGAUUUUUCAAGAUAAUUUCGGACUCAUGGAGGAACGACGUCUUAAGUAUCAAAUCUACAAUUUUAACCCUGAUUCAUGGAAGGAUAUUAAUAUUUACCUCACUCCCGAUAGGGACUUGCGGUUUUAUACACGUGACGUGUCUCUCAACGGAAAUACUUACUGGCUUGUUAAAAGGAGUACUAACUGGUUUAUGCAAAGGCCAUCUUGCUCUUUAUCUCGAAUGAAACCAUUCGGCGAAGGACGAAGAUUCGGAGGACGAGCAAUAGACAGAUGUAAGUUACAUUUCCAAAACAUGUACAGACUAAGAGUGGAAGGACGAGUAAGAGUAAGAGACAGCCCACAUUUCUUUUUACUCUGUUUUGAUUUCACAACGGAGAGAUUUGGACCGCCACUAGAUUUACCGUUUGACUAUCGCCAAGACGAUAGUGUGUCUCUAUCUAGUGUAAGAGAAGAACAGCUUGCAGUGUUAUGUCAGCGAUCCGAUACAUUAGAGAUGGAGAUAUGGAUUAGUAAUAAGAUUGAGCCCGAAGCGGCGUCGUGGAGCAAGUUGUUCGUAGCUGUGAACCUGAAAACACGUCUUACUUUCCCGUUUGAACAUGGGAGUUUUUUUGUUGACAGAGGGGAAAAAGUCGUUGUAGUUUUUGAUAGAGACUUAGAGAUGCACUGCGUAGCUUAUAUCAUCAGAGAGGAUGGAUAUUUUAAGAAAGUGGAUCUUGGAGAAUAUAUAUACAACUAUGAUUGCCCAGUAAUUGUGUGCCCUUAUGUUCCAAGCUCAGUGCAAAUCAAGCAGGCUACACCACGAGGCAAUCAUGUUGAUUAA